ACACUUCGACCUCAUACACGUGUCGCGUGUUGUAUGCAUCGUGCUGGCCCUCCCUGCGAUCCUCGCGCAAAUGGCAUCCCUUCCUGGGUCCCAAUCGGGUGGUGGAACUGCACGUGGACGACGUACAGUGUAUGCUACCAGAAGAGUCAGUUUUUGUGCCGCACACUAUUUAAGAAGCCCACAGUUGUCUGAUGAAGAAAAUAAAGCACUGUUUGGAAAAUGUUUCAACACCCAUGGACACAACUACGUAGUGAAAGCAACUGUUAAAGGAGAGGUUGAUCCACGAACUGGUAUGGUCCUUAAUAUCACUGAGCUAGCGCAAGCAUUGGAGGCUAUUGUCGUCAAACAAUUGGAUCACAAGAAUCUCGAUUUUGAUGUUCCAUAUUUCAAGCAGUGUAUCAGGUAUGUAUCCUAUACUAACUUAGGUUGGGCAUAAUAUACAUGUGUGGGUAUAUUAGAACGAAUGCAAAACAUUUGGCGAGAGAAGUUUUUUUGUGAGGGAUAGUUUGUUGCACGCAAUCUGCUGGAAAAACCGAGGUUGAUAAGCUCUGGCGUUAUUGUGUAACUACACAAAACAUUGUCCUUGUUUCAAGAGUGUAACAUAUUCCAUCAAUGUGU